GGAUGAAAUGGGAAAGGAGAUUCCCAGUGAAGCCCCAUGGAAGGCUCCGCAUGCAGAAGAAUGGGACAAAAUGACUAUGCAAGAUUUCAUAGAUAAAAUUUGCUGGACAAAUGCUGCCAAGAGUUUUGCAACUCUGUUUGUGAAUGUGGAUGUCACUUCUGAACCCCAUGAGGUCUCUGCCCUUUGGUUUUUGUGGUACGUGAAGCAGUGUGGAGGGACAACAAGGAUAUUCUCAACGACCAACGGAGGACAGGAAAGGAAGUUUGUUGGGGGCUCUGGCCAGAUCAGUGAGAAAAUAAUGGAGCGUCUGGGAGGCCGGGUGAAGCUGAGGAAGCCAGUCAUCCGCAUCGACCAGUCGGGUGAAAGUGUCAUAGUGGAAACCUUAGAUCAUGAAUUAUAUGAGGGCAAAUAUGUGAUCAGUGCUAUUCCCCCAGCUCUUGGCUUGAAGAUUCAUUUCAACCCACCUUUGCCACCAAUGAGAAACCAGCUCAUCAACCGCAUUCCCAUGGGCUCAGUUAUCAAGUGCAUUGUGUACUAUACGGAAACUUUCUGGAGAAAGAAGGGGUAUUGUGGUACCAUGAUCAUUGAAGAUGAGGAUGCGGCAAUUGGUUUAACACUUGACGAUACUAAGCCUGAUGGCAGCUUUCCUGCCAUAAUAGGCUUCAUUCUUGCUCGGAAGUGUAGAAGACUGACAGGUCUCACAAAAGAAGAACGGAAGACGAGGCUGUGUGAGCUCUAUGCGAAGGUUCUGGGAUCAGAGGAAGCUUUACAUCCAGUGCAUUAUGAAGAGAAGAACUGGUGUGAAGAGCAGUAUUCUGGGGGCUGCUACACAGCUUACUUCCCACCAGGCAUAAUGACUCAGUAUGGAAGGAUUAUUCGGCAGCCCGUUGGCAGGAUCUAUUUUGCUGGCACAGAGACAGCCACAGAGUGGAGCGGAUACAUGGAGGGGGCUGUACAGGCUGGAGAAAGAGCAGCCAGAGAGAUACUGUUUGCUAUGAGGAAAAUCCCAGACAGUGAAAUUUGGAAGCCAGAACCUGAAUCAACUGAUGUUCCAGCUUUGCCCAUCACUACAACCUUCUGGGAGAGGAAUUUGCCGUCGGUGCCGGGACUGCUAAAGCUGAUUGGAUUUUCCACUUUCUUCACCUCUGUGGCUGUGGCAGGGUUAUUUACCUACAAAAAGGGACUUCUGGUUCGAAACUGAAAAAGCUGUGUCUUGCUACGAUUAUGCUGUGGAGUUUAUCACCACUAUGGGAUUAAAAAGAAGGAUUUGCUGCUGUUUUCUCGACAUCAUCCACAUAAAAGGAGUAUGUGGCACUUUGUGUAUGUGGAUGCUAGUGUGAUGAGAAAAUUGACGAUGUAGGUAGAGAAUCAAGUUGCUUUCCCAUGCUAGAGGGAACUGUUAGCACUGGCUUACAUUUUUAAAAUUCCUUCAUGCCAGCCCUUCAAAGAGAGGAAUGAAGUCUGGUUUAACCAGUUGUGCUGUAUUCUUAAUUUAUUAAUGUGUUUGAGAAAUCUGCUAUCAUGAAAGUUCCAGCAAUUUACCAGCUUCUUAAAAUGUAUUAUAGGAACAACCACGGAAAGAAUUGUAUUUGUCUUCUAUGAACUGAUUUGUGUUAUCAUGCAUAUUUUGUAAGGCUCUUAAGAGUUUGCAAAAAAAAAAGAGGUUUACUUGCUUGUACACUGUUCUGAUAGCUGCUGUAUAUUGCAAAGGAUGUUGGGUCAUGGCAUGAAAAUCUGUUAACCAAAGUACUUGAAAGCUAAUUGCAUAAACUACUGGACAAUAACAAGGAAGUGAGCAAUCUGAGGCAGCCCCUUGUCUUUCCUUUAACUAGUGCAUUUUUUUUUCUCAAUGCAAAUCUUGAUUCCAAAUAACACAUCUGCUGUCAAUACAACAAAGACAUGAAUCACAAUUAAUUAUAUGUCUGAGCAUUGUCCAUCACUGGAACCCAAGGCCUGGAGGAGAAGUUAAGGACUUCUAUUAAAAUAAUCUUCCUGUGUCCUCAGUGGGACUAUUGUUUCACUGAAGUAAAAUUUCUGCACUUCUGUAAAGUCUAAGAUUUUUUUUUUUGAGACAUGAAAGAAAAAUAUUUUUGAGGAAGAAGAAAUUGUAUGUCCUCCAAAAGUACUUGGAUGCAAAGGGGAGCCAGGAUUGAAUGACAACAGAUCUGCCACUGCUCUCAGGCAAGAAGCAGACCCACUUAAAUUGCAGAUUACAAAUGCUCGCAAAUAAACCUGACCUGUGUUUAAAUGGACUAACAUUCCCUCUCCCAUGUCCGCCACCUUAAGAUGACCUUGAUCUUACAAUCUGUUCUUCAAUAGAGAUAAAAACGAGAUGGCCAAAGCAGUCUUGCUUUCAAAGUAUCUCUACAGUCAAAUCAUUUAGGCAUUGUCAUAGACUGCCGCUUACAGCGUGUCUCCUGUGGUCAUGUUCAGGUCAGUGUUCAGUGAUGCCUGCCUCUGUGUUUUGGAAAAAAAGAGUGACUUCAUUUUGCAGGAAUAUAUAUGCUGUGUGUGUGAUGAAUUUGUGCCUUUUAUAACUGUAGCAUUUUCUCAAGUGCCUCUGUGGUGACUGUCUCCCUUGGUUUCCUUCUUAAGUUCCCUUUUCAAUAGGCUCUGCAGAUAUUUUUACCUGACAGCUGUGAACUUUUUUUAACCUUAAUUAGA